GGUUACACAUCAUUCUGGAAUGAUUGCAUCUCAUCAGGAUUGCGUGGCUGUAUGUUAAUUGAAUUGGCAUUGCGAGGUCGACUUCAGCUAGAGGCUUGUGGAAUGAGGCGCAAAAGUCUAUUAACAAGAAAGGUGAUUUGCAAGUCAGAUGCUCCUACAGGGGAUGUUCUGCUUGAUGAAGCUCUGAAACACAUAAAAGAGACCCAGCCUCCUGAAACAGUACAGAAUUGGAUUGAACUGCUUAGUGGUGAAACAUGGAACCCACUGAAGUUGCACUACCAACUAAGAAAUGUGCGUGAACGGUUAGCUAAAAAUCUAGUGGAAAAAGGUGUACUGACAACGGAGAAACAGAACUUCCUUCUUUUUGACAUGACUACGCACCCUCUCACCAACAACAAUAUCAAACAGCGCCUCAUCAGGAAGGUUCAAGAAGCAGUUCUUGACAAAUGGGUGAAUGACCCUCACCGCAUGGACAAGCGCUUGCUGGCACUUGUUUAUUUAGCCCAUGCUUCAGAUGUUCUGGAGAACGCUUUUGCCCCCCUUUUGGAUGAGCAGUAUGAUUUAGCCACAAAGAGAGUGCGGCAACUUCUGGAUUUAGACCCUGAGGUUGAAUGUAUGAAAGCCAACACGAAUGAGGUUUUGUGGGCUGUUGUAGCAGCUUUCACAAAAUAACUGCAUUCAGACUGAAGUGUUCUCUUUCAUGUAAACCAGUUGUUUCUCUUCUAUUGACUAUUCAUGUUUUCUGUAAUUUGUACCUUCUCACAUGAUGAAUCGGCUCUUGUUUAAUGGGAAUUAUAAGUGGUGUAUUCCCUCCUUCUCUGUGUAUCUGUGUACAGGUUUCUGCUGGUACAAGAGACUUUCCUGUUUAACAACAACAGAAAAAGGUUUUACUGCCAUAUUGGCAUUCCAUUUCCUAUUCAGUUUGAGUUACCUGAAAUACUUUGUUCAAUCUAUUUUUCAUCUUACUGUUACUGAAGUGGUUUAACAUGGAAAGCACCUCAAGGAGGAAAUGUGCAUGCAGUUGGAUCACUAGUCUCAGCUGACACAGAUGUGUGCAUGCAUCAAUACUUCUGCAGUACAGUUUGUAACAGACUAAAAAGGGCCUUUUUAAAGCACCAAAGCUCCACGUUGAAGUGUCUGUCAGGACAUUUUAUACACAGAUGUUGUUUCAAUUAUAUCUAACAAAAUUACUUUAAAAGCAGAAUACCAUUAAGCAGCUUUGUCAAUAGUUCCUGUAAAAUGCCCCAUGAAUUUUAAUUCUCAUGCAAGUCUCUUGUGUGCUUAUAUUUUCAUUAGAAGGAUAGCUGAAUCAUAAGGCUAGUAUAGAAAGGUCCAACUGUUUCAUAAACCAGUUUUGGGAUGGGAUACAUUCCAUUAUAUUGUAUAUAUAGUUCAAAUUGUAUAUUAACAACUGCUCCAUCUUAGUAUUUUGCGAGAUCUACUUAGUUGUACACCUGGUGCCCCUUACUUGCUGUCAGUCAUUGCCAUUCAGUGGAAAAAAGGCCUCAUGUAAAGAACACAUAAGUGAAAGCUGUUUGUUUCCAGUGUCUACAGAGUCUGCCAUCCAGGUAUUCUCAGCCUAUGCGUUGCCUUUGAUAAUUAGUGUAUGGAAAGAGACCACUUUUUAUCAUCAUUUGUACUGGUUUUUUUUCCCUCCUCCUGUGUGGAAGAGGCUUGUGUCUAGUACAAUUCUUGAGUGCAGUUUUUAAUCCUGUACACAAAUUAAUGUUUGUCUCAAACCUCAUAAUUGAUUUUACACCUUAAAAACAAAAAGUGAGUCCUAGAAGGUGUUGCAUGUAAGCAGUUAGCAAGUAAUGACUGCAGUUCAGAUGAUUAAGAUUUCUGUAAUAGGAUGCUCUGCUAUAUUUUUAUUUUUUAUAUACAACUAUGCUGAUUAGCACAGUAUUGUAAAAAAAAAUAUAGAACUUUUGCUUUUUAAAAUUUAUUGCCUCUUUGCCACUGCCUGUUAUCUCCCAUGGUUUCACAGUGUAAAUAUUAUGUACUGAAAAAAUUAAACAUUGAUUUAUAUUUCAUUUUUCCUCAUAACAAUAUAGAUUUAUAGUGGGGCUUACAGGUGUUUAGAAACUUUUGGUUAAUAUUCAGAGCAAGAAUACUAGAUGGUGUAUAACUGUAGAGUUGAAAUUUAAGGGAUCCCUUAAUCUGUAUACUAGCUUUUUACCUACAGUAAAUAAAAUGAUCUUGAAAGUGCCUGAAACAGAGUAAGCAUGUCAUUUUUAUUUUUUGUUGCUAAUUAGAAAGGGUUUAUUGCUUAACUGAAAGCUUUAGUUAAUAUCCUUCUUAUUAGAAAGGGAGAGUUUAUAUUAAGUAGAUCAAACUCACUUAAUCGGUGGUGUCGCUCAGAUCUGCAGGAUUCAUGGCUGAGACAGACUGAGUUAGCCCAUGAGUGUGCAGCUGUGCCUGCCAUGGGUAGACCUCUUCUAUCUUGAGCACAACUCUACAGCCUCAUUUGUGACUGGACUUUCAAUUUUGCACUUAAUUUCCAAUCAUUUAGAUGCUUAAGUAGUUGACUUUAAAAUGCAACAAAUUCAUCAUACCUGUAUAACCUUUUUUUAAUAAAGGUUUAUAAAAAUAUGGUCCUUAACAUUCAAUGGCACACUGUUCUUUCAGUUCUUAAAUGCUGUUUCUUUAGAAAUAUGAAAUUAAAAGUAUAUUGUAAGAUAUUUCAAACUCUGGUUUACAAAUAAAAAGACAAACAGUGUUCUCUGUUGUAAGAUGUUGUGUUUAAAACUUUGAGGAGCUUGGGCAUGAACUUUGGACAUUUUCAUCUAAACAUUUCAAAACAUAGUGCUUUAAGUGGAGGAAAACUGAAAGCUGCUAUGUUGCUCUUACAUUUGGCAGCUUAUAGAAUACUUUCAGUACUUAGUAGUAUAUGCUAACUCACUGCUUUCAUUCUUUCUCCUGUGAUCUGUUUUCUCAUUUGCUGUUGCUCUUUGAGAGGAGAGAAAAGUAAUUAGGUGGAAAGGUCAGAAAAAAAUAGUGGAGUAUUCAGGAGCAAGUUAAAAGUGCACAACUUUUAAAAUUACUUUGAAAAUCUGAGCUACUUGAAACAUGCUUCAGGCUAUAAAAGUAUACCUUUCGUUGUCCCUUUUCAGCCCUCUCAUCUUCAUUCUGUAUUUUCCAUGUGUCUGCUGGAUUCAUGUUAGGUUGUGGAGGAUAUUGGGGUUUUGUUACACUACAGCCAACAUGGUCUAAAAGAAGUCACCCUUUAAACUCCCCCGGAAAGAGGAUUUGGUGGUUUGGGGGUUUUUUAAUUUAUUUUUUCACAUAGAAGAUAACUGCUUACAGCAUUUACCAGCUUUAUUUUGUUUAAAGAUAGAACUUCUGACAGUGAUGGGGAGAAUUUGUACAGGGUGUUUCAAAGAACUUCGGUGUAAGUAAUGAAGGUUUUGUGAAGAGUUGCAGUGUCUUGCUAGAUAACCUGGUGCAAGCUUGGGAGUCCUGAGGCCUAUGUUGUGCCUUAAAAACCCCAAAGCUUCACAAGUGCUACCAGGCCUUAUGUCUAACAAGGAAGGUAAGUUUGGUAGGUUAACAGGAACUGAUUUAGCUAACUUCAUUGCAUUUGUUGCUAUUUCAGGUUCUAAUAAAAUUGUUAAACACGGGAGACUGCUUUGUUCUGCUGCGAUUCAGGCUGCUACUGCAGCUCAUGGAGACCUGGUUUUAAGACAGUUUUGGCUGCUCUUGAGUCCUCAGCUCUCAAUGGCUGCUUAAAAUGGAGACUGAUACCCAUAGACUGAACUUGAAUGUGUGCCUCAAGGAAGAACAUAUUCAGGGACACAUUCUUUUAAAAUAAACUUUCACGUUAGUGUCAAAAACAGGCUUUUGAAAGUUAAAUCCCCAAGCAGUGUGUGUGUAUGUGUGUGUGUGUA